UGCCGGAGUGAAUGCUGAGUCACAUAUCGCGAACGAUCUCUCCCAGGAAGGUGUGCUAGUUCUUUUCUCUGUGAAAUGCAUUAUAUUGCAUUAGUAUAACGUUAUCAUUGUUAGAAUUACAAUAUCUUUAAAGCAACAUGAUUUAAGAAAAGAGGUACUUGGCGCUUGUCGCAGGCCUCGAAUAUUUAAUAAAAAUUAAAAUUUAAAAUAGUUUUAAAUCCGGUAUUGUUCAUAGAUCUGUCAGUUUCUACUAUUAAAUUAAAUUUUUAUUUUUUACUCUAAUUGCCGUGACGUGUCAGUGUAAAGAAAGUGUUAAUAUCGAUAAAAAAAAUAUCGCCUUGAAUUGUCAAACAAAAUCCAAGGCAUGCGUAGGAUGUGCGCGACGUGUACUGAAGUUUGACGUUGUAGUGUGUGUUUUGAGGUUAUUUUUGUGUUCGUGUAACUGACCUAUACUUGUUUAAAGAGAUCCAAAUCUUUAUUUUCAUUCUGACAGUCUGUCGAAUAAGUUGCUCCAGCAAGAAUAUAAAAAAAUAUCUUUUUUAACUACUUAAUUUAAAUUCUAUAUUAUUUAUAUAGAAAGAAAAAAACAAGUUUAAAAAGUGAUGUUCGAUAACUCUAGUAAUAAUUAAAAACUCUGUUUUGAAUUUGUCUUUUAUAAAAUCGUGCAAAUAACAUUAUUUAUAUUUGAUAUGUUAAAACAUGAACAGUUGUGGAAAUGUUAUUAAAUAUAUUUGGAUUAAUUUAAAGCAUCGACAAAAUAAUAAUUCAAUAUGAACAUUUGUCUUUUAAAAUCUUAUUUAUUCCACGAAUUGAACAUAUCACAGUGAUAAUAAACUAAAUUAAUUUGAUUUGUAAAUAAAUUUGUUGAUUGAAAGUGAUUAAACAAAAAGAGCAUAAUGUUGUGUAUAAAGAAAUUAUAUCAUGAGGAACUAUUCCAAUUAACAUUGUUACUUUCUUUAUUAAGAAUAGAUCCUGAAUCCUACCUUGGUUUGGAUAUUCAAACCAUAGGUGUAGGUUCUUUAGAUCUAAAUAAUGGUUCAAGAUGGCAUACUGAUGUUCAUACAAUAGUUCAUCGUCCUAUCUUUGUUCAUCCUAAAAACUUAGAUUCUAUGCUUUUAAAUUAUGAGAGAGAUUUAUUCGAAGACUUGAAUUCGUUAGGAAGAUAUAAUAGAAUAAAUUCUGGUUUAAAUGAUAUCCAUGCAUAUUUGUUAAAUGUUGAAGAAUCUACAAGAGAUAUUGCUAUAGCAGGACCUAGUAUAUCACUUUCCACAGACCCAACUAGGAAUAUGACAUCACCUGAUUCAUCAAAUUCUUCACAAAAUCCAGACGAACCAACUAAUACGGCAGAACUUACUCAAGAGGACAUGGAUUUAAUCGAAGUGCUUUGGAAGCAAGACGUGGAUCUGGGAUUCACGUUGGUGGAACCGACUACGGCGACGAAGAAGGUGUCUACGGUGGAAAAGGGAACCGACGAUGAGAUCGAGAAAUUAAAAGCUUUAGAGGCGAUCAAUGGAAGCAACGAAGAGAAGGAUACAAAGGAAUACGACGAAGCGCAAGAUGAUCCAUGGGCAGGCCUCCCUUACACCAUUGAUCUCGAGACCGGUGAAUAUAUCCUCAAUUCUGGAAAUCAAGAGGAAAACGGGAACAACGCGAUCGAAGAGGACGAUCGCCUCCUUAGAGAAGCGUCGCUAGAUUUAGACAAUCACCCGUUGGCUGGAUUAACCGAUGAUUCUUUGGGAUUAACCGACACUUUAGAACUCGAGAAUGAUCUUCCUUCGGACUUACUCGGAGGUAGUCUCUUAGCAAGCGCAAACGUCGAAAGUCUUCUUAACAACGAUAGUUUGGAUCUUCCCGACGGAUUCAAUCUCGAGGAGGCACUCCAACUCGUUGGCCUCGAUGAGGCGCAAUCAGAGGAAACGAAACCGGAAGUGAAGAAGAAGGAAAAAGAUAGCAUCGAAGAAUCCACGAGUGCAAAGGACGACGAGUCGCCGAUUAUAAGCAGCUCGAGCAGCGUCGAGGUCGAGAAGUCGUCGAGGUGCGAGGAUCCCGAGACCGGCGACAUGAUUCACACACCGCAAUUUCAUCAUCCCCAUCAUCCUCACCAUCGUUCCUUCCAGGGUCGCAUGCCAUUCAUGCGUGCAAUGAGCAUGGAACAACGGUGGCAAGACUUAGCAUCUCUUUUAUCGCUACCUGGUGCACCAGAACAUUUUCCACAUACUCAUCCUGGAUACCCAGGGCACGGUAUAAGCCACAGUCAUUAUGAAGCACAACGUAACGUGUUGCUUCACAAUGCUACUCUGGCUCCACCGGUGGGUGAUCUUAAUUCGACCAGCCCUUACCACAAUGUAGGCGGAUCAUCAAAUUUGGGCUCGGCUGUAGCAACGUCGAUGAAUUUAACGAAUAGCAGCGAACCAAUGGGUGCGGAAAGUGGAGCAGCUUAUAAAUCCGAGCCGGCAGAUAUGAUGUAUUAUCACACACCAACGUCCGAUUCAAUAAAUCAAACUACCGAUGGUUUUCUUUCGUCUCUUCUUAACGACGAGGAUUUACACCUGAUGGAUAUGGCUAUGAACGAUGGCAUGUACACCAUGCGCAUGCUAGAUAAUGGUAAUAACAACGCUUCUGGUCCAACGGGAGCAGCAGCCUUGUCAGGAGUUCAGACGGCUGGUGGUACAACCUCUUCGGCAACAGGAGUUACGACACUUCCGGGUGUAACGGAUGAAAGGAUGGAUGCAUCGAGCGAUAGUGCUGUCAGCAGUAUGGGCAGCGAACGUGUACCAUCCCUUUCGGAUGGCGAGUGGAUGGAAACUGGAUCUAAUUCCAGCCAUACACAAGCGGAUUCUCAUUACACUAUGGAUUAUGCUAGCAAAUACCGCAUGUCGUACGAUUGUAGCUAUUCCGUUUCCGGAAGAAAUGCUGGUUCUCCAAGAUGUCAAACGGAACGUACGAUGCCUCCGGUUGCUCAGAAAAAGCAUCAAAUGUUUGCAAAACGAUAUUUUCAGGAACAAGGAACUGGUUCGCCUCUCGGAGCUACAGCACAUCCGACAACUCCAAUGAAAUACGAAUACGAUUCUCAUACAGUUGGUGCUGGAGCACCGGGAAAUGCUUAUUCUGGACCGAUCGAGGGUGCAACUGGACCUCAACCUGAAAUAAAAUAUAGUUGUAGUGUAGAUUUCAGUCGGCAUCAAUCAGGACGUUCAGCUAUAGAACAUGUUCAUCAUAAUCAUACGUAUCAUUUACCUGCAGAAAGUUCUGGAUCUCUUCAGCGUCCAGUUUCUCGUGAUAAAAAAGUACGCAAAAACGAUGGUGAAGAGCAUCUAACUAGAGAUGAGAAAAGAGCAAGAGCAUUGAACGUUCCUAUUCCGGUGAACGAUAUUAUUAAUCUUCCAAUGGAUGAGUUUAACGAACGUCUUAGUAAAUAUGAUCUCAGUGAAGCUCAAUUAUCUUUGAUACGUGACAUUAGAAGACGGGGCAAGAAUAAAGUUGCCGCCCAAAAUUGUCGCAAGCGUAAACUAGAUCAAAUCAUUAGUCUCGCUGAUGAAGUGAAAGAAAUGAGGGAUCGUAAAAUGAGGCUCGUUCGUGAACGAGAAUUUAUGCUUAUAGAAAGACAACGCGUGAAAGAUAAAUUUAGUCAACUCUAUCGUCAUGUAUUUCAAUCUUUGCGCGAUCCUGAUGGCAAUCAAUAUCAUCCGUAUGAAUAUAGUCUUCAACAAUCUGCCGAUGGAAAUGUAUUGUUAGUGCCAAGGAAUCAGACGAAUCCUCAUCAUCCCCGUUCUACAACAAUGGAACCAAAAACGAAACCUGAUCCUGAACAUAAGGAAUGAAUUUAUUGAAAAAUUAAAACCGUUUGAUAAGAAAAAACUCUAUUUUCUUCAUAUACCAAUAUCGUACUUUUGCAAAAAAUAAAGAUAAACGCGGUGCUAAGACGAAAUAUUAUUUACGAUUUUAAAUAAUACGAAGAAUUCGCGAGGAAAAUUCAUUGCUUUAUCAUUCGGGAUACUUUGCAACAUGUUUAAAUAAACAAAGAAAUUCAUCAAAAAUAUUUCAAAGACUCACAUUGAGUUAUAUGUUUCUUUACGAUUAGAAAAUAAUCACCAAACGUAAAAAAAAUAUUGAAUGUACAUAUAAUAUAUAGUAUAAAUAAACCAAUGAACUACAGAAAUAGAAAAAAAGUAGACAACAUUAAAGUAUCUGAAUUUAAUACUUAAAGUAUUAAAUUCUACAUACACAUUUAAAUAUAAAAAAAAUGUGUAUUUAUUAUUUGGACUAAUAUAAUUAUAAGUCAAUUUUUUUUCUAUAAAAAAAAAAAUUAUAUUAUAAAAUGUUUUAAAUGUCACUUUUUUCCUAUUUAGCUUCAAGGGAACACUAUUACAAUAGUAUAAUUAAAAUAAUUUUUCUGUAAUUUUCUUUUAUUAUUUUAUACGCGCGCGCGCGCGCAUACAUACACACAGACACACAAUGUAUUUUAAUUCUGAAUACAUGUAUGUACAUGUACGUUUUUUACGCACCGUGAUUAUAUUAUAUACAUAGAGUAUAAUGCCUUUCUGCGAAAAAAGAUUUAAUAAUGCAUUUCGGCGCAGUUAUUUCAGUUAUAAAUAUAUUAUAGUAUAUUUCAUAUAACUGAUAAUGUUCCAUAAUUAUUGAAUAUUGAAUUUAGAAAUUAUUAAAUUUAACUUUUUAUCUCAAUGAAAUUACUUUCAAAAUUAUUAACUUGCCAAACUUUAUAAAUAUUUUCAUAUUUUGAUAAAGAAAUAAAUAAAAAAUGUCAUAAAUGUGUUAUACAUUAUUCGAUAUGGAAGAGAUAAAAUAUAUUUACAUAAAUGAUGUGAAAUAAAUGUGAAAUAAACAUUCGAAUGAAUAAAAUAUUUAUAUCUUGCAAUGAUGAAAAUCAGGAAUAUUUAAUGCAAAAAUUAAUCUGCAUUUAAAUUAUAUAUUAUAUAAAAAAAAAUAAUUUAAAUAAUAAAAGAUAUAUGUUAAAGAGACAUCGAAUAAUAUAUAUUAUUCUAUGAACUGUUUAAUGUUCUGUACAGAAAACUGCUCCAAAAAUGUUAAAUUUCAAUCCGUUCAAAUGAAAUAUUAACAAUAAAUUGUAAUAUAAAGUGAUAAAGAUAUCUAGUAAUAAAUAUGACUAUGUGGAUAAUUUUAACACAAUGUGUUGUAUUGCUACAAUAUUAAUAAUAGUAUUGUUUGAAAUACGAACGAAAAUAUAACAAAUAUAACAUAUUUUUAUAUAAUGUAAGGGACGAAUAAUGUUUAGGUAUUUCACAUUUGUCUUUGUAUGUAUAUAUUAAUAUUAAUAUAAUUAGAAUAAUUUUCUAUAAAUAUUAUACAUAUAUAAAUAUCAGACAUAUGUAUUUAUGUAUAUUCACUUAUAUAUAUAUAAAUACAUAUAUACAGAAUAAUAAUGAGAUAUAUAUUAUAAGAUUAAAACGAGAAAAAUACUGUUUACGACGACAAUUUAUAAUAGUCAAAUCUUUAUUAAUAUUUACAUACACAAUUGUAUUUAUAUUAUGGGUGUAGGCUGCCUUUACAUAUUGUAUUUGGCGAGUGGAGAUCAUUAAGAAUAUUAUUAAGAAUUACAAAAAGAAUAAUUUACAACUAUUCUGUUUGCGAAUUGUACAAACAAAUCAGAUUUAUACAAAUCCUCAAUUCCAUCUGAUCGCAUUGUCAUUUUAUGAUCUCCCAUGUCAUUAAAUUUCUAUAUUGUAUAAAUAAAGCUGAAUAAACCUUUGGGGAAAUUACUCUCUACACAUUUUAAUACAACAAA